AAACCAGUCAACAAUCCCGUCUUUGCAUCAUGAUCUUGAUGAUGUUUGCCUCAUCUCGCCGACAGCCCUGAAACUACCCGCUGCCCACCGCGAGCUACAAGCUUGUUUUGCCAAAAACAGCCGACUCAGCCAAAGCUAAUCCCUGUCAAUAAACAACGUCCCGUCACUACUUCAGGAAAGAUGCUUCCCAAGAUCUUCACUCUCCUGGCCACCGCCGUGUCGGCCGUGGCAGCCGGACCCAUCGCGGCUCGGGACGUCAUCAACCACGAUGCUGUCGUCGGUUUUCCGCAGUCCGUACCUAACACCAACGCCGGUCGAAACAUGCUCCGCUUCAAGCCGUGGCUCAAGGUCUUUAGCGGUUGUGUGCCGUUCCCUGCUGUGGAUCAAUGGGGCAACACUGGCGGCGGCCUCAAAACAUCCGGCGGCUCCUCAUCCGGCUGCUCCAGCAACCUCGGUCAAGUUUACGCCCGGGCGGGCACGCAGGCGGGACGCGGCGCCAUCAUGUACUCGUGGUACAUGCCCAAGGACUCGCCGUCUCCCGGCAUGGGCCACAGGCACGACUGGGAAAACGUCAUCAUCUGGCUCGACGAUGUCAACAGCGCCAACGCUCGCAUCAUCGGCGCCUCGGCCUCGGGACACGGCGGCUACGACACGAGGAACAGCAUCGCCACGGACGGCGACCGGGCCCUGAUCCGCUAUUUCAGCAACUGGCCCCUCAACCACCAGAUGGGCUUCACCGGCGACAGGGGCGGCGAGCAGCCGCUCAUCAGCUGGGACACCAUGACACAGGCCGCCAGGAACGCUCUCGAGUGGACCGACUUUGGCGCCGCUGGUGUGCCGUUCAAGGAUGGCAGCUUCCAGAACAACUUGGCCAAGGUUUUCUGA